UGUCUUACUCACACUCACUCACACACAACAUGGAGCUUCUACUCCCACUCCUCAAUAUUGCCCUCUUUGUACUUUUUUUUCUCUUCUCAAAUUUCAUGGGAUCAUGUGCUUUUGUGUCCCUAGAACAUAAUAUUACUUCAUCCUCGUUUCCACUCAACUUCCUCUUUGGAACUGCAUCUUCUUCCUAUCAGUUUGAAGGAGCAUUCUCGAGUGAUGGCAAGGGACUAAGUAACUGGGAUGUGUUCACUCAUAAGCCAGGAACCAUAAUAGAUGGAACUAAUGGGGAUGUUGCUGUUGAUCAUUACCAUCGUUAUAAGGAAGACGUGGACCUAAUGGAAUAUAUUGGAGUCAACAGCUAUCGUUUUUCAUUAUCAUGGGCUAGAAUUUUACCAAAAGGAAGAUUUGGCCAUUUGAACAGGGCUGGCAUCGAUUACUAUAACCGGUUAAUUGAUGCACUUCUCAAUAGAGGAAUAGAACCUUUUGUUACAAUAACACAUUAUGACAUUCCUCAAGCACUUGAGGAUAGAUAUGGAGGUUGGCUUAGUCCUAAAAUUCAGGAGGAAUUUAGGUAUUAUGCAGACAUAUGCUUCAAGUACUUUGGAGACAGAGUGAAACAUUGGGUGACAUUUAAUGAACCCAAUGUUGCUGUUAUUUGUGGUUAUAGAACAGGUGUAUAUCCACCAUCUCAUUGCUCAGGUUCAUUUGGCAAUUGCAGCUAUGGAGAUUCAGAGAGAGAACCUUUCAUUGCUGCCUCUAACCUCAUCUUAUCCCAUGUGUCUGCUGUUGAUGUGUACAGAAACAAGUAUCAAAAAAAUCAGGGAGGAAAAAUUGGAAUUGUUAUGAAUGCUGUAUGGUAUGAACCAUUUAGCAACUCAUCAGAAGACAAGUUAGCUGCUGAGAGAGCUCAAUCAUUUAACAUGAACUGGUUUUUGGACCCAAUUAUACUAGGAAAGUAUCCAAAAGAAAUGCAUGAUAUAUUAGGACCUGAUCUAUUACCAUUUUCCAAAUAUGAUUUGGAAAAACUUAAGAGUGGAUUAGAUUUCGUUGGAAUAAAUCACUAUACAAGUUAUUAUGUAAAAGACUGCAUAUUCUCUACAUGUGAACAAGGAAAAGGGUCUUCAAAGACAGAGGGAUUUGCUCUAACAUCUCCACAAAUGAAUGGCCUCAACAUUGGAGAACCGACUGCACUUGCAUGGUUGUAUGUUCACCCACAAGGAAUGGAAAAAAUAGUGACUUACAUAAAAGACAGAUACAACAACAUACCAAUGUUCAUCACUGAAAAUGGAUUUGGGAUGACUGAGAAUUCCUACCCAACAAGUAAAGAUGUAUUGAACGAUGUCAAAAGAGUGGAAUAUUUGAGUGGAUACUUGGAUUCUCUAGCAACAGCAAUAAGGAAAGGAGCAGAUGUGAGGGGGUACUUUCUGUGGUCCCUUCUAGAUAACUUUGAGUGGAAUCAUGGAUACAGUAUAAGGUUUGGACUUCAUCAUGUGGACUUUGAAACACUUAAUAGAACACCAAGGGUGUCUGCAUUUUGGUACAAAAACUUCAUUGUAGAACAUAAGGCUCGGACAGGCAUUAGCCUUUGACAUACUCAACAGAGAUGAACAUUUCAAAUAUAAUUUUACACGAGCUAAGGAAAUGUGAGAAAAUCAAUACUCAAUAAAUUUUGAUGCCAUGUCCAUAUUGUAUAAGUGUCCACUAUGUGUAUUUUAUAACUAUAAUUAUUGAAAUUACUAAAAAUUCUCUUGCAAUAAA